AUGUCGUCUUUUCCGAUGGCUUUUUUGGGAAGUUUUCCCGGUACGAUGGCCGUGAGCCUGGUACCCAUAUUUGCCAUAAGCAUGAUUUAUUACCGUUAUUUAAUGGCAGACCCAGAAUCGAAAAUUAAAGAUGUCGAACAGAUAUUAUCCGAAUAUGAUUUCAUUAUCGUCGGUGGCGGAUCGGCAGGAGCAGUCGUCGCAAAUCGAUUAUCGGAAAAUCCAAAAUGGAAAAUUUUACUUAUCGAAGCAGGUGGAGAUGAAACUGAAUUAUCCGACGUUCCUUCACUUGCGGGAUACAUGCAAUUAUCUGAUUUAGACUGGAAGUACAAAACAGCUCCACCGGAAGACAGAGGAUACUGUCAAGCGAUGAACGGAGAUCGUUGUAAUUGGCCGAGGGGAAAAGUGUUGGGAGGAUCCAGCGUUUUAAAUGCCAUGAUUUACGUUAGGGGAAACAAAUUGGAUUACGAUUAUUGGGCGGCACAGGGAAACACCGGUUGGAGUUACGACGAAGUUUUACCAUAUUUUUUAAAAUCCGAAGACAACAGGAAUCCUUACCUGGUGAAAACACCUUACCACAAAGAGGGUGGAUAUUUGACGGUACAAGAAAGUCCGUGGCGAAGUCCUCUCUCCAUCGCAUUUAUAAAAGCAGGGAAAGAAUUGGGCUACGACAUUCGAGACAUUAACGGUGCCAAUCAAACAGGGUUUAUGAUUGCUCAAGGGACUAUAAGGAGAGGAUCCAGGUGCAGCACUGCCAAAGCAUUUCUUCGCCCUAUCAAACACAGGGAAAAUCUUGACGUGGCAUUAAAAACGCACGUAACUAAAGUACUUUUAGCGGAAUUAAAUAAUGAUGUCAUUGCUCACGGCGUGGAACUUUUAAGAAACGGUAAAAGAUAUUUGGUGAAUGCGAGAAAAGAAGUGAUAUUAUCGGCCGGUGCCAUAAAUUCUCCUCAAAUCCUCAUGCUCUCUGGGAUCGGCCCUAGGAAACAUUUGGAGAGUGUUAAUAUACCCGUAUUUAGAGACUUAAUGGUGGGAUACAAUCUCCAAGAUCACGUGGGCCUCGGCGGUCUUACGUUUCUAGUCAAUGCUCCAGUUACUUUUAAAAAAAAUCGCUUUCAGAAACCGUCUGUAGCGUUAGAAUAUAUAUUAAGAGAGCAAGGUCCUAUGACAACUUUGGGAGUCGAAGGUCUUGCAUUCGUCAAUACCAAAUACGCUCCUCCGGAAGGAAAUUGGCCGGACAUACAAUUUCAUUUUGCUCCGAGUUCUGUGAACAGCGACAACGGAGAUCAAAUACGUAAAGUUCUAGGUCUUCGAGAUCGAGUGUACAAUACAGUUUAUAAACCUUUGGUCAAUGCGGAAACGUGGACCAUUCUUCCUCUCUUACUCAGACCAAAGAGUUCUGGACGAGUCAAACUCAGGUCUAACAAUCCACUGCAAUACCCAAUCAUCGAACCGAAUUAUUUCAGAUAUAAAGAAGACGUUCAAGUAUUAACGGAAGGAAUCAAAAUAGCCAUGGCCAUUUCGAACACGUCGGCGUUUCAAAAAUACGGUUCGAGGCCUCACACGAUACCGUUACCCGGCUGUGGAAAAUACGCUCUGUUUUCCGACGCUUAUUGGGAGUGCAGCAUGAGACACUUCACGUUCACCAUUUACCAUCCCACGGGAACGUGUAAAAUGGGACCGUCGACGGAUCCCUACGCGGUCGUGGACGACAGGCUGAGAGUUCACGGCGUGAAAAAUUUACGAGUUGUCGACGCGAGCAUCAUGCCCACGAUUAUAAGCGGAAAUCCGAACGCCCCGGUCAUCAUGAUAGGAGAAAGAGCGAGCGAUUUCAUAAAAGCCGAUCAUUUUUACACGGAUCCGAUCUAA